GUGAUUCUUUAAGGAGUAUUAUCCUACACUAACUCCUGAGCACCAGGAGAGCAGAGACCGUGUCCCCUUUUGCCCAGCAUUGGCAAACUUGGCACUUAGAAACGCCUAACACACGUCUGUUGGGGGGAUUAACGUAUAUUGCUACCAGCUUGGGUUUUACUGCCCUGCCGUCAUUGGCCACUAUUCACUAUUUAUAAAUGUCUUAUGUAUUAGAUAAGUAAAAAAAGUAUUAUCAGAAUAUUUUAUCUCCUUUUAAUUUGCAUUUCUUUGAUCUCUAGGAGGGAUCCCAUUCUGGAGGGACCCAUUCCCUCCUUUGUCUUUUUAGCCUUGCCUGUGGUUUCUUGCUCUCGCUGAGGUCCUCAUCCCUCACCCUUAACUAGUAGAGGUCCCUCCUCCUCCAGGUGAUUGGCAAAGGCAGUGAAAAGUCUGAUGACAACUCCUAUGACGAGAAAUACCUGAUUGCCACCUCAGAGCAGCCCAUUGCUGCCCUGCACCGGGAUGAGUGGCUGCGGCCGGAGGAUCUGCCCAUCAAGUAUGCCGGCCUGUCUACCUGCUUUCGCCAGGAGGUGGGCUCCCACGGCCGGGACACCCGCGGCAUCUUUCGAGUCCAUCAGUUUGAGAAGAUUGAACAGUUUGUCUACUCGUCACCACACGACAACAAGUCAUGGGAGAUGUUUGAGGAGAUGAUUACUACCGCAGAAGACUUCUACCAGUCUUUGGGGAUCCCUUACCACAUUGUGAAUAUUGUCUCAGGUUCUUUGAAUCAUGCUGCCAGUAAGAAGCUUGACCUGGAGGCCUGGUUUCCGGGCUCGGGAGCCUUCCGUGAGUUAGUCUCCUGUUCUAACUGCACAGACUAUCAGGCUCGCCGGCUCCGAAUCCGAUAUGGGCAAACCAAGAAGAUGAUGGACAAGGUGGAGUUUGUCCAUAUGCUCAACGCUACGAUGUGCGCCACCACUCGCACCAUCUGCGCCAUCCUGGAGAACUACCAGACGGAGAAGGGCAUCGUCGUGCCUGAGAAGUUGAAGGCGUUCAUGCCGCCGGGUCUCCAGGAACUGAUCCCCUUUGUGAAGCCUGCACCCAUUGACCAGGAGCCAUCAAAGAAGCAGAAGAAGCAGCAUGAGGGCAGCAAAAAGAAAGGGGCAGCCAGAGAUGUCCCCCUGGAAAGCCAGCUGCAGAACAUGGAGGUCACCGAUUCCUGAACAUUCCUUCCUCCCAGUUUGUCGGGCUUUCGUUUCUGUCAGCUGGGUUCUCAGAGCCUGCCCACGGGCAGGGAAGCCAAGCACCCACUCAUCACCCGCCCCAUCUGACUGCAUUGCUAAAAGGGGAACAGUCUGCCAUGUACAGUGCGACGUUCCCAUCUCCUUGCAUGGGCAUAGGAUCCAUUCACUGACGACUGAUGAAACCAUGUAAUAAAGCAUCUCUGGGGGAAGGCUAGGACUCUUCCACGGUCUUCUGCCCAGGGCUCGAACCCUGUCUCUGACAA